AUGUUCGACCCAUAUGCAUCUAAUGGAGGGACAGUCAUGGGAAUUGCUGGGAAAGAUUUUGCUUUGAUUGCUUCUGACACCCGUCUUUGUGAUGGGGGUUUUGUUAUCCUCUCUAGGAAUUCCCCACGAUUGUUCAAAAUGGGUCCCGGUAAUAUUCUUGGGUGUACUGGUUUUCAUGGGGAUGUACUGACUUUGACCAAGCUUUUAGAGAAUAAAGUUAAAACUUAUCGGUACGAUCAUGGAAAAGAUAUUUCUACAAAGGCUCUAGCUGGCCUCUUAUCUGUAACUCUCUACAACAGACGUUUCUUCCCAUUCUAUGUGGGCAAUGUAUUGGUUGGACUUGAGGAAGGGCGUGGCGUUCUGUACAGUUACGAUCCAGUCGGGUCAUACGAAUCUGAAGGAUAUAGAGCCUCAGGAAGUUCUGCGGCAAUAUUGCAACCAUUUUUGGAUAGCACGGUUGGGAAUAAAACUUCGAAAUAUCAUGUAUCAAAUCUAGACAAGGAAACGGCUAUUAAACUUGCUCACGAUAUCUUUAUUAGUGCUGCAGAAAGAGAUAUUCAGUGUGGUGAUAGUGUUGUCAUUCAUACUGUUACAAAAGAUGGCGUUAGUGAAGUCUCUUUUCCACUGAGACGUGACUGA